UACAACAAAUUCAAAAAUCUGACCAUAACAACAAAAGCAACAAUUGAUGGCAACUUUUUUGAACAGUUUAGUUGCAUUAGUAAACCUCAAAGUAAAUUAGAUUUUAAAAACAUUUUCCGUACACUUGAUUACAAUAUCAAUAUGACAUGCAAUGGUAUUAUUGUUGAAAAUUAUGAGGACAUGGAGUAUAUGGUUGUUAUGGGUAAUGGAAACAUUGAAACCGUACUGAUUAGCAAACAUGAAAUCAUUACGAUUAUUGAUGGUGAACAAUAUCUACGUGAAGUUGGUAUGAUAGGAUCGGGUCCCUGUGCCGGCACCAAACUUCAUGGUUGGUCCAUAUUUUUGCCGCCAAAAGGCCAGUGUGUGGACAAACCGAUGACCAUUUCGCGGCCAUUGUUCGAACACUGGGAGUUUAGCGGCACCUGUAAGGCCAUAUGCACGGGACAGUCGACUUUUAUCUAUCCAAAAGGCGUCCAAACUUAA